AUGAUGGAGGCACAGUCGCUGGCCGCGCUGAAUCUGCAGGCGGCCAACCCUCCUCAAUAUCCCGAAAACCCAUCAGAGACGCCGCAGGAGCCUCUGGUCCUCUACAUAUCUAGAGUCCCCGGCACUAGAGAUGUAAUACUUUCACCUUUCAGACCCCAGGUCAAAAAUGUCACGGGUGGAGAUGUUGCUAGCAGCCUCUACUAUGUUCAUCUCGAGCUCCCCACGUUGGAUAUAGCAGGUCCUGAGCCGCUGAGAGAUGAAGCACAAGGUAGAUCCAGUGAAGAUAGCUCAGCGACAAGGACCAUUGCCCGGAAGCCAGUACCUGGCACAAUUCCAUCCCUAGCUCCCGAGAUUUCGACACAGGGCGAUCAGUUACAGCUACAGCAAACUCGAAGCCACCAUGAAAAUGCCGCUCUUCGGCCGCCAGGGGAUUUUGGAAUGCCUCCCGGCUUGCAAGAGCGUGACCCUGCCCCUCCUCUCCCUCCUAGACGGCGUUUCGAAGACUCUGGGUUGGGUUACUCGGACAGCUCUUUCGAGACGAAUCCUCUUGAAACACCUCAGUUGAAUGUGCCUCCUAGGCGCAAGCCUGUUGGACCGAGACAGAUGAGCGGCGUGCCACAGGGUAGAGUCUCGAUGGACGAAACGUCACAGCGCUCAAGGGUUCAAACUAGGGGUCGGGCAGACACGACGGGAAACACCAGGCAAAGCCGCUCUUUGUCUCCGACAAAGAACACUGGGCAUUCUACGCCUCCAUUUACCUUGAGCCUGAUAAGGCGGGAUCCGGGUACUGGAGACCAGUGGAAUGUGGGAAAGAUUUCAUCAUAUGAAACCGACCCGAUGACUGCGCAAGCCCCCAUGUACCUCUCUGCAUCAGCAUCCGAACCGCACCCUCCUCAGCACCCACCAAUCGACAUACAAAUCGAAACCGCUGGGUAUGCCAAGUUCCGCGCAGGGACACAAGUCGCCCUUCCUCCCCCUCCCUCUUUAAUAGAUUUCAUGCCAGAGCCGAGAUCCGAUGGCAGCAGGACAUUCUCCAGGCAGGUGUCCAUGUCGUAUUCGAAGAGCUUUGGUUCUACUGUGCGAUCAACAUUCCACAAGUUGGAGCAAAAGGCGCGGAAGAAGGCACAGGCACAUAACCGCAACGAAAGCGAAGCAUCAGUUGCUUCACAUAGCUCCGGAGAGUACACGGCCGGCUCGCCAACGACUGCGCGCCCUGACAAAAUGAAGCCACGGGGAUACACUUUUGCGAGUCCUUGGAACGGAAAAUGCGUGUUUCGCACGGGAAAGGAUGGCCGGAGCUUGGUGUGUGAUCAUAUCCUGCACGAAGGUGAACUGGGCGGCUACAACCCGCUGGUGCCUGAUUCGAGCGCGGCCAAGGGGACUUCAACUGUAGUCAGCGAGCUGCGGUACAGCCUUCCGGGAUCUGAGUUUUUUCCUUCCAGCGAAGUACCCAAAGGCGACAUUAACCAGAAACUCGGCCAUUUCAGCAAGAUGGUCAAGUCAGCCGUGGACCGGGGCUACGGCGAUGAGGAUGAGGAUGAUUGGGUAUCGCCGUUUGAGGUGAAUGUAGGCGGCGAGAGAGCAGGAGGGGGCAACCGGGGUAAUCGAGCAAAGCUCAGCAAGCUCAUUAUAUACCACGAUGGGAUGAAGAUGCUGGAUCUGCUGGUCGCGGCCAACGUGGGGCUGUGGUGGAGGACAUGGGAGAAGAGCUAUUGA